GGUGUAUCGUGGCAACCGGGAUUAUAAAGCACUUUAAAAAAGGGAAAGACUAUAUAUUGGGCUAAAACAUCAGCUAAUGUACUUCAGAUUGAUGGGAGCAUGUAAACGACAAGUCUGAGCUACUGAACGGCACAUUUUAAAAAAAUGAAGCGGAUGCAGAUUUAAAGAGGUGCACAAGGUGUGUCUUCAGAUGAUGUGGUGAUGGAGGAGGUCCUCAAGGGCACGGUAAACUUCGCCGCAGCGGUGCAGGUAACGUUGAUGGCAUUGACAGGGACGUUACUGCUGAUCCUCCUGCACAGAAUAUUUACAGCCAAGAAUUGGAGGAACCAAUCAGGUGUCCCAGGUCCGGGUUGGUUGUUGGGUCUCGGCCCGAUCAUGAGCUACAGCAGGUUCCUGUGGAUGGGGAUCGGCUCCGCAUGCAACUACUACAAUGAAAAAUAUGGCAGCAUUGCUCGGGUCUGGAUCAGCGGAGAAGAGACCUUUAUACUUAGCAAGUCCUCUGCGGUGUAUCAUGUUCUGAAGAGCAAUAAUUACACUGGGAGGUUUGCCAGUAAAAAAGGUCUGCAGUGCAUUGGUAUGUUUGAACAAGGCAUUAUCUUCAACAGCAACAUGGCGUUGUGGAAGAAAGUGCGUACAUAUUUCACCAAAGCUCUUACAGGACCAGGUCUCCAGAAAUCAGUAGAUGUGUGUGUCAGCGCGACCAACAAACAGCUUAACGUCCUGCAGGAGUUCACAGACCACUCGGGACAUGUGGAUGUACUCAAUCUGCUGCGCUGUAUUGUUGUGGAUGUUUCCAAUAGACUCUUCCUAAGAAUCCCUCUCAAUGAGAAAGACUUGCUGAUAAAGAUCCACCGGUAUUUCAGUACCUGGCAGGCGGUUCUCAUACAGCCAGACGUUUUCUUCAGACUAAACUUUGUGUACAAAAAAUACCACCUGGCAGCAAAAGAGCUGCAGGAUGAAAUGGGAAAGCUUGUGGAGCAAAAGCGACAGGCCAUCAAUAACAUGGAGAAGCUGGAUGAGACAGACUUCGCAACGGAGCUGAUAUUUGCUCAGAACCACGAUGAGCUGUCUGUAGACGACGUGAGGCAGUGUGUGCUGGAGAUGGUGAUCGCUGCUCCAGACACUCUUUCCAUCAGUCUGUUCUUCAUGCUUCUCCUGCUGAAGCAGAACUCUGUCGUGGAGGAGCAGAUCGUCCAGGAGAUACAGUCUCAGAUAGGCAUGCGGGAUGUAGAGUCGGCCGACCUGCAGAAACUGAACGUUCUAGAGCGCUUUAUCAAAGAGUCUUUGAGGUUCCAUCCGGUGGUGGACUUCAUCAUGAGACGGGCUCUGGAGGACGACGAGAUCGAUGGCUACCGAGUGGCGAAGGGGACGAACCUCAUCCUGAACAUCGGACGCAUGCACAAGUCUGAGUUCUUCCAAAAACCCAACGAAUUCAACUUGGAGAACUUCGAGAACACAGUUCCCAGUCGUUACUUCCAGCCGUUCGGCUGUGGCCCGCGGGCCUGCGUCGGGAAGCACAUAGCCAUGGUGAUGACGAAGGCCAUCCUGGUGACCCUGUUGUCGAGGUUCACGGUUUGUCCUCGUCACGGCUGCACAGUCAGCACCAUCAAGCAGACCAACAAUCUCUCCAUGCAGCCGGUGGAAGAGGAUCCCGACUGCCUGGCCAUGCGCUUCAUUCCACGAGCUCAGAAUAUCUGCGGAGACCCACACCUGGGCGAAAAAACACAGGAAUAGAAACCUUUAAAGUCAUUUCCUUUCACUUACAAAUUUUCAGUGGGCUUUCUAUGUCAAGACUGCUUUCUUUUUUGACUUACUAUACACAAACUGUCGAACUUACCUCAAACUCAGCGACGCAUACCAGUCAGCCUGCGAUAUAUAUAUACAUCCCCAACCAAAACACAGACAUAUCAUCACUCGGUGAACUUUUAAAGGGAUAGUUCAUCCAAAAAUGACAGUUCUUUCAUUAAUUACUCAUUCUCAUGUCGUUCCAAACCCGUAAUACCUUUGUUCAUUUUCAGAACACAAAUGAAGAUAUUUUUGAUGAAAUCCAAGAGCUUUCUGACCUCCCUCCAAAGACAGCAAUGCAACUGACACUUUCAAGGAACAGAAACGUAGUAAAGACAUUGUUAAAAUAGUUGUUGGCAUUGUUUUCUUUGCACACAAAAUUCUCGUAGCUUCAUAGAAUUAUGGUUGUAGCACUGUUGUCACAUGGACUAUUUAAACGAUACUGCGUUUCUGUGCUUUGAUCGUGUUGGCAAAAAAUAUCUUAAUUUGUUUUCUGAAGAUGAACGAUGAAAGGUCUUACGGGUUUGGAACGACAUAAGGGUGAGUAAUUAAUGACAGAAUUAUCCUUUUUGGAUGAACUAUCCCUUUAAUGUUUCUAACUCGCCUCAAAACAAAAAAAGUUUGCAGUUUAUGCUGACAUAAGGGCAAUGACAACAAAAAUUGUCACAUGUAUUAAUCUAAUCUAAAGUGAUUAUUUGCUGUAGUCUAAGAUCUUUAGUGCUGCAAAUUAACCAACUAGCAAGUUAACAUUAAAUGACAUCCACAACCCAUUUUACUUCCAUAAUGUGACGUUUUUAAAUUACAUUGAGUAAGAACUUUAUUUACUGGAAUUGACUGUAAUGUGAAUGAUGGCUACCAGAAUGGAGAUGAAAAAUGAGUGAUGUCUUGGUGAUGUCAAUCAAAAAAGGAUGAAUGAUGCUGAAGUGAAGCAAGCUGUUAAAUUUUUAUGAAAGAUAACGAAGACAAACAUUUUCUUUGAAAUAAUGUGCGCUUUUAAAAAAUUAAAUGGGGUCUUUUUUCAUUUUCAUGUUUUAUAAAAAAUAAUCUACACUAGUCUGUUUGAGGUUGACUGUAUUACGUAGUUGAGAGAAUAUUUAAAAGAAUAAAUACUAUGAAUAUGUACUAGACAUUUGAAAUAUUUCUAAUAUUAUGAAAAUAACGGAAAUAUUUGAUAAUGCAAAACUACUCUGGUUUUUGCUCGAAUAAAGUGUACCGAUAACUAACUACAGUGAAUAAAAUGACAUUUUAAAAACAA